UAAUACGCCUAACAAAUCGAGUUCCGCUAACUAUUUUCAUCUCUGAUUACGGUAACUCAAGUCAAGCAUCAAGUUCGCGUCUACUCUUUCAAAAACUCAAUUCAGAAAUACUUCGAAAAUACUUGUUUGACAGGCGCCUCAGUAACUCACUAUGUGGUGAUACAGCACUCUGCCUGGAUGAAGAUACCAGCACCCUGCCUGGAUGAAGAUACCAGCACCCUGCCUGGAUGAUUAGUUGGUUCCGGCGCCGACUGAAGGGGCCGGAAUCAGACACUUGGCGAAGCCAAGAGGCCGCGAGCAGCACGACCGCGUCGUCUCGCACGUCAGCCUCGUCCCUCGCCAGGCUUUCCUCCACUCCCUCCUCUUCCUCUUCCUCUUCCUCGCCUCCCUCGCCCCAGAAUGCCCGCUGCAGCCACAACUUCGACGUGCGCGUGUGCCACAGCGCUGCGGACGAGCUGGACGCGCAGCUCCUAGCCUCCCGCUUGGAAGCCGGUCCGCACGGGCUCCGCUGCUUCCUGCCGCUGCGUGACUCCACCCCUGGCGCGGCUGUCUCCACGGACAUUUUCGAGUCGGUGCGGGACAGCCACUGUUGGGUCAUGCUCAUCACACCGGCCUUCCUCGUGGAUCCCUGGUGCCGGUACCAGAUGCACCAGGCCCUCGCUGAAGCACCCAUGUCUAACCGGAUCAUCCCUCUCCUGCUGCGGGCCUCUCAGUCCGAUUACCCGCCGGAACUGUGCUUCUACUACUACAUAGACCUCAACAGAGACCCUGAGCAGGGAUACGCGCGGUUGUACAAGACCGUACUGGCCUACCUGGGGAUGUGCAGGAGCCCCACUGGAGUUCAUCACGUCCCAGGCGGACCCCAGCUCUCCUAAGUGGUAAAUGGUAAAAGCGCUGUAAAAUUGAUGUUUCUCAUUCGCUGCAAGGCACCAACCGCCCCGUCAAGGGAACUUUUGGUUCGGUUUUCUUGGUCAAGGACACUUCGACACAGCCCGGGCGGGGGGAUCGAACCGGCGAUCCUCCCGACUGCCAGACGACUGCUCUUUACCGUCUGAGCCAAUGUCACCCGAUGUCCUGGAAGCAUGCUAACAAGCCCGGGCUUGCAGAAAGUCCACCUUCAAGCACGAGAGAGCACUUUUCAACACUGGCUAGCACUGACCACCACCAUGUCAGAGUGCCCGGAGCUGAGACAGGGUCACACAGAAGGCAUCAAGGGCAUAGAGCAGGGGUGUUAUCAAUCUUAUCCAGAAAGGGCCGGUGUGAGUGCAGGUUGUUGUUUUAGCACAGGACUAAGACAGCUGAUUCUACUCAUCGAGGUCUUGAUUAAAGACCACGAUUAGUUCAUUAGUAUAAUCAGGUGUGUUACUGCUGGGUUGAAACAAAAACCUGCACCCACGCCGGCCCUUUUAGGAUAAGAUUGGACACCACCGGCAAAGAGGGACCUAGAACUGCAGAAGUGGAUUCGAGUCUGUACGUGAAAGUAACUUGACCCUUUUUAACUUGACUGUUGGCUGUGACAAUGCUGAAGCAGUUCCUCAUUUGCUGAUGAAUGAUCCAGAAGAAAAUAGACAACUGGUGCAUAGAAAAUAAAAUGUGACAUUCUUUAAGCACCCCAUACUAUAAUGGCAUUGAUCAGCUAAUUUGUUAUGUAUUAUUUGGAUAUUUGUUUAUUUACAUUUAAAGAUUUUAGCAAGGUCAUUUGUAAAUGUUAGCAAUGCAGGCACAGCCAUGUGCUUAUUUCCUGAUUAAAAUGUUUGAAUUAUCUGUACCAAGAACAUUUUUAAUUAUGGGUCAGUUUGUGUGAGGCACUACCAAAUAUCGUGGCUUUCAUUUUUGAGAAGUUCUAUACUUUAGCCAUUUAUUAGUGUAGUUCACAAUGCUCAAAUUGCAUUAGAAAUGGCAUAUUAUUUACGUGUUAUUCUGUACUAAUGUAAAUGCCUGCAUUUAUGUUGCGCCUUUAUCAAAAGCGCUGUAGAAUUUAUGCUUCUCAUUCAUCCUUUCAUACACACACUCUUGGCGAUUGGCUGCCAUGCAAAGCACCAACCAGCCCAUCAGAAGCAUUUGGGGGUUAGGUGUCUUGCUCACGGACACUUCGACACACCCGGGGCAGGAUCGAACUGGCAACCCGUUAUGCUUUGGGGUUGUGUGGCAGCUGGGGGCACAAAAAAUAUUGUGUGAGUGGAAGGAAGAAUGGAGUCCACCAAAUAUUAAGAAAUUCUAGAGGUUAUUGUUCAAAGGUCAGUCCAGAUAUUGAAGUUGAAGAGAGGUUGAGUAUUCCAGCAAGACAAUGAUCCAAAGCAUACCUCAAAACCAUGAACUACCUCCAGGAAAGAUGGAUGAAGGUUUUGAAAUGGCCACCACAGUCCCCAGACGUGGAAUAUUAUUGAAAAUCUGUGGGGAGAUCUCAAACAUGCCGUACAUGCAAGGAAGCCGAAUCAUUUUUCUGAGCUUGAGGUGUUCUGCCAGGAAGAAUUCCAAAUGCUAGAAUUGAAAGUGGAUUGGGAGUGAAGGGCAGGUACCCGGCAGCACGUUGGCAUAGAAGGACUUCCGGGCACUCAAGCCUCGGGAGAGCUGAACCGGUAGGAAGUACCAUGAGGGAAACGCGUUUGGUUAGAAAGUGAGAGAGUUAUCGUGUGAAUUACUGUUGUGAUCUGGGCUGCCUGACUACCCCGCUCGUGUAAUGUGUAGACAUUUUUUUGUCCGAGAACCCGGCUUUGGAUUGACUUUUGGACUACGGAUAAGGAUGGCGGAGGAUUGUGGAACUGUACAGAUUGCCUGAUUCCCCCCUUUUCCCCUUUGUGAGUUUCCCCCAAUAAACUUUCCUUGUUUAAUUAUA